AUGAUACCAGAGCUAACGUACUCUUGGAGUAGACUCGAAAUCGCAAUGGCACCCUCGAAGCACGCUGGUGGUGAGCUCUGCAAAUACUGCAACAAGGCGGGGCACAGCCCCGAGAAAUGCUGGCUGCGCCCAGCAGGAAGAGGAACCAUCCCUUGCCAGAAGAACUCGUCGCAAAGAGACAACCAUCUGGCGACUGCGCAGCUGAAGCAAAACGAGAUUGUUAAGCUGCAGGCCGAGAUCAAUACACUUCUUGAUAAGGCUGUGGACCUUCAAAACAAGGCGAAUGAGGCGAAGAAGAGGGAGGACGAGGAGUUUGAGAAGCGUGUCAAAGACAUGAAGUAG